AGCUCGUGACGUCAUUGUUAAAGAUGGCCACCAGCGGCGGGACCACGGUGGUUCUGGAUGUUAAUCCGAUCUACUUCUAGACUUGCACGGGAUAAUCUACGGCGUUUCGGAGAUGAAGACCUUCUGUGGAAGAGCCAACCCAACCACGGGAGCUUUAGACUGGGUGGAGGAGAGCGAAGAGUACGACUACCACCAGGAGAUAGCCAGGUCCUGCUAUGCAGAUAUGCUGCAUGAUCGUGACAGGAAUGAGAAGUACUAUCGGGGGAUCUGGGCGGCUGUGGCCAGAGUCAAGGCUCGUGGUGAGAAGGUCAUCGUCCUAGAUAUUGGGACAGGAACGGGCCUGCUGUCCAUGAUGGCCGUCACGGCUGGAGCGGACUUCUGCUACGCUGUAGAGGUCUUUAAGCCGAUGGCUGAAGCAGCCCAGUGCAUCGUGGAGAAAAACGGCUUCUCUGACAAGAUUAAGAUAAUUAACAAGCACUCUACUGAUGUCACCGUGGGGCCAGGUGGAGAUAUGCAAAUGAAGGCCAACGUCCUGAUCACAGAACUGUUUGACACAGAGCUGAUAGGUGAAGGAGCCCUGCCCAGCUAUGAGCACGCUCACCAAAACCUGGUCCAGGAGGGCUGUGAGGCGGUUCCUCACCGGGCCACUGUCUACGCCCAGCUGGUGGAGUCAGAGCUGCUGUGGAGCUGGGCUCAGCUGCAGCCAGUAGAAAUAGAGGGGGCCCGUCUGCUGCCUCCACCUGCUGUGGGCCACUGCGCCGGGGCUCAUUCCGUGUGUGACAUCCAGCUGAGCCAGGUGUCUCCUGACAGCUUUGCCCCACUGGGUCCUCUCUGCACCAUGUUCAGUGUGGACUUCAGUAAACAAUUAAGCAGCGCCUUCCAGUCCCACUCCUCCCAGUUUGUGGCUCAGUCCAGCGGUCGAGCCCAGGUGGUCCUGUCAUGGUGGGACCUUGACAUGGAUCCCAGUGGGAACAUUGUGUGCACCGUGGCUCCCAGCUGGACGUACCCACAACCAGAGAUGGCUCCUUGGCGGGACCACUGGAUGCAGAGUGUGUACUUCCUACCUAUGGAGAGCAGGGUGACGGCAGGAGAGGAGCUCAGCCUGACUGUCUGCCACGAUGACUACAGCCUGUGGUACAGCCUGCAGUCUCACAGCCAGAAGGAUCCGCAGACCAAAGCUCCUCCCUCUCGGCCGUGUUGUACCUGCCAGGCACACCUGGUUUGGACUCGGCCUCGUUUCGGUGAACUCAACGACAGACGGCGCACAGAGAGCUAUGUCAGUGCGCUGCGCAGCGUGCUGAGAGAGGACACUGUGUGCCUUAGCGUCAGCGAUGGAAGUCUGCUUCCUGUGUUUGCUCACAUGCUUGGAGCCAAGAAGGUCUUCAGUUUGGAAAGCUCUAGAAUGUCCAAGGAGAUUAUUGAGCAGGUGUUGGAAGCCAAUUCAAUGAAGGAAGGUGUCGAGCUGUUGGAGAUCAGGCCUGACCAGCUGAACAGUAAUGACCUAGGCGGAGAGCAGAUCUCAGUCCUGAUGGGUGAGCCGUACUUCAGCACCAGCCUUCUGCCCUGGCACUCCCUGUUCUUCUGGUACUGUCGGACCGCCGUGGCAGGCCUCCUGCGGCCUGGUACCACCAUCCUGCCCUGCUCUGCCACACUUCACAUGAUGGCUGUGGAGUUCCAGGAUUUGUGGAGGAUAAGAGCACCAUGUGGAACAUGUGAGGGCUUUGAUGUCGCGCUCAUGGAUGAAAUGGUCCAGCGAUCUCUAGAUUUCCGUGAGUGCCGUGAGGCAGAGCCCCACCCUCUGUGGGAGUACCCGUGCCGUGCUCUGACCCAGCCCACAGCCGUCAUGGCCUUUGACUUUACACAGUGUGUCCCUCAGCAUCCAGUCAGCAGUCAGGGCUCACUGCCUUUUAUCAGGAUUGGUCGUUGCCAUGGUGUCGCGUUGUGGAUGGAAUACCAUCUAACCAAUGACAUCACUGUCAGCGCGGGUCUGACUGGACCAGUCAGUGAACAGGGUGACUGUGAGUGGAGUCGACACAGGAAGCAGGGAGUGUAUUUCUUCAGGUCCCCCUGGGAGAGCUCAGGUGAUGGCAGAGCUGCGGUGUCUUACAGCUUCAACUUUGAACCCAGUUUAGGAGACAUCAAGAUGGACUUCAGCAUCAGGUCUUAGUGAUGAAGAACGAAUGCUUUACCUCAUGUUUGCAUUUUGGGUGCAUAUUUAUCAUCAGUGUUCUGACUGAAGCUGCCACUUGCCUUUAAGAUGAUAACUUGAUAUCUGUAAUGUGACUGUUAUUAUCCCCAGAACUGACCAGAAUCCUCCAUUUUUAGACUGUGGAACAUGAAAACUGCCCACAAAUUAUGAUAAUAGUUAUAUUGGUCAUAUUAAGGGCUUCCCAUAAGCAGCACAGUAAUGAAUCAUGUCACGUGAAAGGCAGAUCACACUGACUGACUGAUGGAUACUUCCGCCAGUCGUUUCUGGUGUAUUUGUAAUAAAAUGGAAUAUUUUAUCAUAGUCAUUACAGAGAGAGACCUCAAAGGACCUAAUAAGGUCUCCUAAUAUGAUAGUUCCUCAGACCUUGCUUGAUUAGGAAUCAUCAGGUUGUGCAAGGAUUGAAGAUGUUCCAAGACUCUCGUAUCUGCUCUGAGGAGCAGGGAUUGAGGAGGCUACUGCAGAGCCGUGAGUGAGGUCACAUGAUCCUUCACCGGUGUUUUAUGGACCUACCACACCCCUUUAUUAGACAGCGGUUACUGAUUGGACGCUUCAAAGGAUCAGACGAAAGGAUGGCUCACGUCUCUGAGAAUGUUUCCUUGAUUCCUCUCACCUCACACUUCUUCCUUGCAUCUUUUCCUGUCAUCUAACCCUUUAGACAAAAUCCUGGCUUUAGUGUAUUAAAAUGAAACUAGACACCA